AAUUCGUAAAUUACGGGGAUCUUUCUCUUUUACUCUCAAUAAGAUGUAAUUAGAGUGACAGAGAAAAAUGCACGCAAUUGACUAACUUCGAUUUUUGCGGUAGGCCCCCAGAUUGAGAUAUUUUUUCCAAGUCCCAACCAUCAAAAACCAUCCAAUCCAGCCAAAUACUCUAAAUAACCAAGCCAGUUUUUCAACACGGCACAAUCAAUCAAUGUCAGCGACGUUGAUAGCUGUAGAAUAGAUUUUUGGCUGAAAACACCUAAAUUUCUAUUCUACAGAAAUACCAAGGGCUAUCAAUCAGAUCCUGGAAGUCUACUGCUGCAGCUAUGUCCAUUUAAAUAUGUGAUUGUUAUAUAGGUUAUAAAUCUUGAAUCACUAUAUCAACACAAACUACAUAAUUAGCAUAAUAAUUUUUUUGCUGAUAAUAACCUAUCGCCAUGGGAGUUCCUAAGUUUUUCAGGUAUACCAGUGAGAGGUAUCCCUGCCUGAAUGAGCUUGUUAAACAAUAUCAGAUACCAGACUUUGACAACAUGUACCUGGACAUGAAUGGUAUCAUCCACAACUGCUCACAUCCAGACGACUCCAACCCGCACUUCCGUAUAACAGAAGAGAAAAUCUUCCAAGAUAUCUUCCAUUACUUGGGCAUACUAUUCCAAAUCAUUAAGCCGAAGAAACUAUUCUUCAUGGCUAUUGAUGGUGUCGCUCCAAGGGCUAAGAUGAAUCAGCAAAGAGGCAGGAGAUUCAGAUCUGCCAGGGAGGCAGAGAAAUUAGAAGAAGAAGCGAAGUCUAAGGGUGAGGUUCUGCCCACCGAGAAGCGGUUCGACAGUAACUGCAUCACCCCAGGGACAGUGUUCAUGGCGCGCUUGCACGAACAGCUUAAGUACUUUGUGAAGCACAAAAUGUCCACCGAUCCACUAUGGAGCAAAGUAAAAGUAAUCUUGUCAGGGCAUGAGACCCCAGGCGAAGGCGAGCACAAAAUCAUGGACUACAUCAGGUGGUCGCGCUCGCAGCCCGACUACGACCCGAACACCCGGCACUGCCUGUACGGGCUCGACGCGGACCUCAUCAUGCUGGGCAUGUGCACCCACGAGCCGCACUUCGCACUGCUCAGGGAAGAGGUGAAAUUCGGUAAGACUACCCAACGAGCGACCAGCCCCGAAGAAACCAACUUCUACCUUCUCCAUCUAUCAUUACUAAGAGAAUACCUAGAACAAGAGUUCAUAGAAAUAAAAGACAAACUACCAUUCCCUUACGACAUAGAGAAAAUUGUCGACGAUUGGGUGCUCAUGGGGUUUUUGGUGGGCAACGAUUUUAUUCCCAACUUGCCUAAUAUGCAUAUAAGUAACGAUGCCUUGCCGGUGCUGUAUAAAACUUAUAUGACGGUCUUGCCUACUUUAGAUGGUUACAUAAACGAGGCGGGAGACUUAAACCUGGCCAGGUUCGAAGUGUUCAUGCAAGAACUAGCCAAGAUCGAUAAAGAAAAGUUUCAAGAUACGUAUGCUGAUCUGAAAUACUUCGAGGGGAAAACCGGCAGGCGGCCCAAUACUAAUGAAAGGAGAGAGUACAAACCAAACAAUGACGAUACGUUCAACGUGAACGUGGAUGAUAUAAAGGCGAAUGCGCCCGAUGACGCGCUGCAAGCAUUGAUAAACCGUACCCAGGAAAUGUAUUUCGAUGACGUUGACAAUGAAGAAGACGAAGAAUAUGAAGAAACUAGCGAUGAGGAAGCCACAUUUGAGAUGGAAUUCAAACUCCACAAGAAGGAUUAUUAUAUGAAUAAGUUAGAUUAUUCAGCGGUAACUGCAGAAGUAUUAGCAGACCAAGCAGAAGGCUACGUGCGAGCAAUCCAAUGGAACUUGUUCUACUACUACAAAGGCUGCCCGUCAUGGUGCUGGUACUACCCCCACCAUUACGCGCCCUACAUAUCAGACAUAAAGGGCUUCAAGGAUUUGAAGAUCGAGUUCGAGCUGGGGGAGCCUUUCAAGCCUUUUGAGCAGCUUCUAGCCGUAUUGCCAUCAGCCAGUAAACACCUUUUACCUGCACCAUUCCAUGACCUCAUGACAGAUGAGGAUUCGCCCAUAGUCCACUACUACCCCAUCAACUUCGAGACGGAUCUCAACGGCAAGAGGAACGACUGGGAGGCUGUAGUGCUUAUACCGUUUAUUGAUGAGGUAAAUCUGUUAUCAGCCAUGACGCCAUGCUACCAAAGGCUGACAGAGGAGGAGUUGAAUAGGAAUACACACGGACCAAUGCUUGUCUAUAACUGGACCAAAGAAAGUUUAGGUACAGUAGAAGCCCCAGAAUACUUUCCGGUGAUCCAAGAUUGCCACGCCGUAGAGAAGAAAGUGUACCGCAAGGAACUAGACGUGCCAGCGCACGUACUGAAGCGAGGCAUGCUACCUAACGCCAAACGGGACAUGAUGUAUCCCGGCUUCCCCACCAUGAGGCACUUGAAGUACAAGACGAGCCUGAAAAAAUGUAAGGUGAAGGUAUUCGACCAGCCGUCUCGCAAUGAAAACAUGAUAGUGGAACUCAUCAGGGAGUCCAAUACGGAGCCACAGUUGGAGAAAAUCGCUCAGGAUUUCUUAGGAAAGAUCAUCUGGGUGGGGUGGCCUCACCUUACUAAGUCUAAGGUAAUAACGGUAUCCAACGAGAAAAUGCGGCUCCACCACGUCGACCAUCAGAACAACAACGUGAACGGCACUCCGAGCUACACCACCGAGUCCAACUUCGGAAACUUGCAUAAGCAGUGGAUAUCGGAACGCUCAACGAUCAUAGAACAUAAUCAGAAUCGACUUGGAAUUGAACUGGGCAAUGUAAAUGUUAUAAUUCAUGCUGUUAAUUUAAAAGGCUACAAAUACCUAAUCCAAGACAAUACCCAAAUGGUAUUCGAGCCGGAAUGGUGCUCAAUUGCGUGCGGUUACGCAUACCAAGCCGUAGUCCGGGACGUGUCCGAACAUGUCAUACAGGAGGCCGGCAAGUUCUCGACACCACAAGAGGCCUAUCCGGUGGGCUCGAAGGUGUUCCUGCUCACGCAGGGGCAGUACUACGGGUGCAUGGCCACGGUGGUAGAUUCAGAGGCAGUCCGCAACGGGCGCAUCAAAGUGCAAGUGACGGAGCAGGCGGAGCCCACGCCCGUCGCGCACGCCAACAUUUGCCCCUACCGCAGCGCCAACCACGCCGCUGCGUCCUGUGGAAUAUCACCUCAAUUCCUCUCAAGAAUAACGGGAACCGUGCUGGUGGUUUCCGGCCAAAGAAACACUCUGCCUACCGAAACACAGAACAAAGUCAACGUCGGGCUUAAUUUAAAGUUCAACAAGAAGAACCAAGAAGUGUCCGGCUACACGCGCCGCUGCCCCGUGUCCAACACGUGGCUGUACUCGCAGCGCUGCAUCGAGCUGGUCAAGAGCUACGAGCAGCAGUUCCCCGAGCUGUUCGACAAGCUGGCCGAGUCCAUGUAUAAUGACAUCUUCUUUGAGAGCGACAUUUGGCCCAACGAAGUGGGGGAAAAGAAGCCUCAAGAAGUCCAAGCGUGGCUGAAGGCCCAGCCCCACUCGAGCGCUGCGCGGCGCGAGUGUGGCUCCGAUGCUCUCGAACCCGAGGAGAUGAAAGCGCUCUUCGACUCGCUGGACAAGCAGCUGCACGAACUCAAGGGCAAUGAGAAGACGGUCACGCUGAAUGUGAAAUGGAACCUUCUGUAUAAGCCGGAACUCCACGAAGGAAACAUCCAGCCGGACCCUAAAGCGGACUUCAAAAUGUACGACCGCGUGGUCUGCGUGGCGCGCAGCAUCACGGCCCCGUUCGGAGCCAAGGGCACCAUCACCGCUGUGUACCAGCCGCCACAGUCUAAUACCGUGCGAUUGGCUGACAAGCUGAAUGCUGAGCCGACGUAUCAGGUGAUGUUUGAUGAGCCUUUUCCUGGUGCUUCGCCUGAAGAGCUGUUUGAAGAGCAUAGGUUCUAUAGGAUGUUGCCAACGAACAUGCUGAACAUAUCUUACGGCCGCAAGCUGAGGACCGCCGUGCCGGUGGGCGGCGCGCACGAGGCGCACAGCACGAACAAGACGCCCAACCUGCUGCGGAGAGACGACGGACACAACUCCGCGUUCGCUAGCUAUAGUCCCACAAGAGACCAAAAGACUCCAGUAAGUGAGACUCGAAACAAUACCGCAAGUGCUUCCUCAGAUAAUCCACAAGAUAAUGCUACACAGCUUCUAAGGAGUCUGCUCAACAUUAGUCAAGGAGAAGCAGAGUCUAAUAAAAAAUCUGGCAAGAACGCACGGGAUCAGAAUCAGAGUUGGCGAUCGAAAAACGACAAUAACGUCCAACAGCAACCAAACAGUCAAACUAGCGAAUUUUGGAAAUUAUUUACCAGGUCUCAACAGCAGCAGCCGCCUCAGCCCCAAAAUUGGCGCAAAGAACAGAACGGCACAUACAACAGGGUGCCCCCGCCCCAGGUGUAUCAGGAGUGGACUAACCGGUCUUUCAAGAACCAACCCCCAGUGCCUCCGUAUCCGACGUUCGGCCAACCCUUCCAAGGGCCGGGCCCGAACCAGAUGCCGUUCCCCGCGUUCAACAACGCGCACUUCCAACGCAACCACAAUGCGAUGCGACAGCAUCCGCAAAACCAACCGCAUCCGCAAAAUCAACAUCCGCAGAAUCAGCAUCCGCAUUCGCAGAAUCAGCACCCGCAGCAGCAGCAUUCGCAGCAUCAGCAUCCGCAGUUCCCGCAACAUCUGCCCAGCGUCGCUGGAGUGGCGUUAGCGCCCAGUUGGAACAAGAAUCCACCACAAAACCAAGUGCAGUCCGCGCCCGCGCAUAAUGCUCCGAACAACACCGAAAAACCGAACCCGUUUGUACCGCUGCAAGUACAGACCAGCCAACGGCGCGCGCAGCCGCCCCCCGGGCCGCAGCGCCGCGGCGCCGAGGGCCUGCCGGCGCCGCAGCCCGCGCCCGUGCAGGGACUCUCGUCCUCACAUUCGACGUUCAGGCAGCAGGAGGACUCGUCCAAGCGACCGCAAAGGAAGAAAAAGCCGAGAGUUGCCGCCAACCUUCCCUUUCAAAUGGAUUAAUAUAAAUAUUUUAAUGUUGCCAAUCUUGUACAUAGUUAAUGAAUCAGAAUCAAUGUUAACAGUUUAUGUAUAAGUCAUCAACUAAAGCCAUCUAUCUCAAUAGUAGACAUCUUUUCUUUUCAAAUUGAGCGAAUAAUCCACACAAGAUCUUCAAAAUCGGAAUUAUGUAAGUGCUGUUAUGAAUAUAGUUAUAGUUCUAUUGUACAUAGUGUAUAUAUUGACAUAAAUGACUAUGUGUAUGUUGCAGUGGUACGUAAGAUAGCAAUUUUCAUGAUCCUAUAGGUAAUUUUGUCUAAACGUAUGGUAAAUCGAUGAUGUCCAUGAAAAUAAAGGACCAAAAAUGGACUUUAAUUACUUGUAAAAUGAUCUAAAUUUGUUAGUUCUUAUCACUUUCAACAAUUUUAGAACAACUACUAUCGCGAUCUUUUUUAAAUAUUGACUAAUAAUACAAGAUAUUUGACAAAACGAGCAAAUGUUAAAUAAAUUGAAGAAAUCUCGUGCUAUGAUAAAUUAUUUUCUUACUUCUUAACUGUAGGCGACUGAGCUUUAAUACAUGUUCAUAUAUUUUUAUUAUUUUAUAUCAUUCGUGUUUUAACUAAGACACUUAAAGUUGGACCAAGACAAGUCUGCAACGAUUUUGAUAGCACACGCAGUCCAAGUGUUAUUUUAAGCGUCACACUUCUAUGAAACUGACUUUUUAUUUAUAACACUUACGUAUGCUAUCAAAAUCGUUGCAGACUGAUCUUGGUCGAACUCUAACACGUAGGGAAAUGACAAAUAUUUUGGGAAAUUACCCCAUAAUUUGUGAUAAUACAUUUACAAGUUCAAGCUUCUGUGUAAUUCAAACAUUAUUUAUAGUAAACCCUGCAAAUCAUACUUUUGUCUUUUUCGGUCGUAAAUAUGUAUACAUUUUCUUGCAUGCAUAUAUGUUUAUAACUGUAAAGUGUGCUUUACCUUCGUCUGCCUCAUAUGAUAAAUGUGAGAAAAAUUAAAAGUUAAGAAUAUCGAAUAACCUUUGACCGCACGAUUUCAGGUUUUAGAUAAAAGCAGAAACGCGGGCACAUUAGUGACAUUAACAAAAUUUAAAAUAACGUAGUUUUGGUUAUGAAUUUAUUACUGCGCUAAUUUUAAUAUUAAACAUCCUAGUCAAAUUUAAUUAAUAAUAUAAGUUAAGAAAUAUUUCUACUUAAUGAUGACGAUUUUCGGAAUCAAAAUAUAAUUUAAAAAAAUAGCAACAUAAACUGGCAUCGUGCGGUUGCGGUUUAAGGAAAUAUUAACAGUAUUCUUUAUUUUUAUACUAUUUAUGUUAUUGAUAGUUAUUUCUAUUGAAGUACAAAACACGAUAAUAAUUUAUGCUCAAUUUCUUGGGUGUGUUAAAUGUUGUGUAUAAAUGUAAUAUUCUGUCUGACAAGAUUAAACCAAGUACUCCCAUCGCUCUGAAACAAAACCACACUGUAAUCAAAUAUACCUGCAAACUGUUUCAUUGACUGUUUUCUUGAAAGAAAAGACAGCAUAAUAAAUGUGGAAUUCUGAA